UUGCCAGCAGGUGACGGUAAUGAGCGCAGACUGUUGCACACCCUGGAACAUAAGAAAAAGAGGAAGACGGACCGGGGACACAUGACAGGCGGUUGAGGUGAAAAAUGAAGAUUCUGAUGGUGUUCGACUUUGACCACACUGUGGUUGAUGACAACAGCGACACUUGGGUGAUCAGAUGCCUUCCCAGUCAGACUCUCCCUGACUCUGUGAAGAGUUCUUACAGAAAAGGCCACUGGACAGAGUUUAUGGAAAGGGUCAUGAACUAUAUAGGAGACCAGGAGGUCAGCCCUGACAGGGUCCGCAGUGUGAUGGAGACCAUCCCCUUCACACCUGGAAUGACAGACGUGCUAACAUUUAUAUCGGAGAAUAAAAGCCUCAUUGACUGCAUAGUCAUCUCUGACUCCAACACCAUGUUCAUAGACUGGAUCCUCCACGUGGCGGGACUUCAGACAGCUAUUGACCAGGUUUUCACCAACCCGGCUAAGUUCAAUGAGUCUGGGUGCAUGGAGGUACAUUGCUAUCACUCUCAUGACUGCAAACAAUGCCCUGUCAACCUCUGCAAGAAAAAAGUCCUGGAGCUUUACCUGUCCCAGCAGUCUGAUAGAGGUGUGGAGUAUAAGCGUAUCUUUUAUGUGGGAGAUGGAGGUAAUGACCUCUGCCCCACUUCUUGCCUCAGAGCGCAUGAUGUUGUGAUGCCCAGGAAGGGGUACACUCUGGAGAAACUGCUCGCCAAACUGGAAGGUCAGGAAGGUAGCGCUUCUCUCAGAGCUGGAGUCAUUGCCUGGAGCAGUGGCACUGACAUCCUGCAGGAGCUGAAAACAAGUAUACAGUGAUAGCCACAGCCAGAGGAGUGAUUCACUUCCCAGAUGUAACUGAGAUAUUUGCUCUUAGUGCAGACAUUGAGCCUGUGCUGUGGAGGAGACAACAUGCUCUGGGUUUUUAACGGUGUCAUUACAGUAUUUAUAAUUUAAAGAUUGUAAAUAUGCUUUGUAUGGUAUAAUUAUUUAUGUUUAUUUACCAAUCUCUGAAAAUGCCUAAUUUUGCAGGGAAUUUGAUCCUAGCAGUAUUAAUCAAGAAGUUAUGGAUAGACUGUCCUAACACUCUGAUUCCCAAGUGAUUUCUGUGAAUUUUCUAGUCCUUUCACAUUUUUACUCACUGUGGGCUAAUUUUCUUAGUAAAAUACAAUCUUGGACCUCAGUGCAAACAACACAACCAUGACUAGAAGGGGAGACAACUUCUGUGCAGCAUGACAUAAUUAAAAUGGCAUUUUUCAUA